AUGAUGUCCACACUCUUCCUGGUCAUCCUGUGUUUGGGAGUGCCCUCAAUUGUCCCAACACUUGAUCCCACAUUGGAUACUGAAUGGCAAAUGUGGAAGAUGGAAUAUGAAAAAUCAUACAGCCUGGAGGAAGAAGCACGAAGGAGAGCAGUAUGGGAAAAAAACCUGAAAUUUAUUAAACAUCACAAUGGGGAGAAUGCCCUGGGGAAGAAUGACUACACCAUGAAAAUGAACGCCUUUGGUGACAUGACCGAUGAAGAAUUCAAGAACAUGUUGGUUGAAUUCCCAGUUCGAACUCACAACAAGGGGAAGACCAUCUGGAAACGUGAUGUUGGCGAUGUGGUUUUCCCCAAAUUUGUAGACUGGCGAAAGAAAGGCUAUGUGAACCCUGUGAGAAAGCAGGGCAACUGCAGUUCUUGCUGGGCAUUUUCUGCGAUUGGUGCCAUAGAAGCACAGGUAAUCUGGAAAAUAGGCAAGCUCACCCCUCUGAGUGUGCAGAACCUGAUGGACUGUUCUAAACCUCAAGGCAACAAUGGCUGUCUUUCGGGUGAUACAUACAAUGCCUUCCAGUAUGUUUUGCACAAUGGAGGUCUGGAGGCUGAAGCAACUUAUCCAUAUGAAGGCAAAGAAGGACCAUGCAGGUAUAAUCCAAAGAAUUCUGUUGCUGAUAUCACAGGAUUUGUGUCCCUCCCAGAAAGUGAGGAUAUCCUAAAGGUUGCUGUAGCAACGAUUGGGCCCAUCUCUGUUGGAAUUGAUGCUUCUCAUAAUUCAUUCAGGUUCUAUGAGAAAGGUAUUUACCAUGAGCCAAACUGCAGCAGUAGUUCAACGAGUCAUGGGGUUCUGGUGGUUGGCUAUGGAUUUAAGGGAAAUGAAAUGGAUGGUAAAAAAUACUGGACAAUCAAGAACAG